CGCUAACGAGGCAGAUCCGUCGUUAAUUCGGCUGCUGCGUCGGGGGGCGGGCAGGGAGCCAGUGUAGUGUUUAUCAUUAAAGGUAUUAGGAAUGAUCCCAGAGAAUUACAGACCGGGGGUGCAUUGCGAUGGAGCUGGUUAAAUGCCUGGAGGAAACGGGCUGGGCUGAUUAGCCUCGUGCCAUGGUGGGAACCACCUGCGGUUGGCGUUGGUGGAGCAUGUGAGCCGGUGGGCUGAGAUGGCUCCUAGCUUCUUUGCUAAGACUUGGGCUGUGGGCAGUGUUGCCUAAGAACUUGCUGGUGUGAGGGUUAAGGAUGGAGGCUGCUCCUGGGGCUCCGUGGCUGAAGGAUGGAUGGAGAGCAGGUGGUGGAAGGAAGCACAGAGGUGGGAUGGCGUGAAGGACCAGCGAGAAACACUGACUUUCUGUGGUCAUGCUUGGAGCCAAGGCCAAAGGAGCGACCACCCCACGAGGCUGCUUUGAGGCUUACCUGAGUCGCUGUGCUGUGUUCUCGUCGCCCCAUCGCAGAGCGGAUACUGCAGAAAUAGAAGAGGUCUGCAGAAGGGCAGUGGAAAUAAUUAUACAGAGAUUAGCAGGAAAAAAGAGAUCGAAGGCUGCACUUAGCGGAGACUAAGAAUAGAAGAGCACAUGAAAGAAGUGGGAUCUGAAAGUGUGAGGAUGGGGAAUCAUGUGCUCCUAUUUACCCUUCCUUGCAGUGACGAAGAACUCGACAAAUGGGAAGGUGACAGACAUGGAUGGGAGGUGGAGGAGAGCAGGGAACCGCUUUGCUCAAGUUGUAAUGAAUGUCCUUCCGUGGGAUAUCUCUGUUCCAAGAAGUUAGCGAGAGUCAAAAAGAAGAAAUUGGAUUGCAUUAGCACUAUAGAUUGAAAAAAUGAGGUUGUAUGGACCUGGACCCUCCUGCUUCUACCAUGGCCUGGUAGCUGGAUAGGAACCUGGAUGUAUUGGUGUUCCAGUACCUUGCUGCUGCUCCUGCACCUCUCUGGGAUGGAUGUGGACUGCUGGAGGCUGCCUGUAUGGGCAGGAGGGCUCUUCUUGGGCAGAGAGCUCCUCGGCUGUGACGUGGUGGUGGUGUGGGCUCCUGAAAAGCAAGUGGGAACAAGGCAGGCAGCAGAGGGCUUCUGCUUCUGGCUGUGGUUGGACACCAGUGAAGCCCUCAUGUGUUUUAUACGCUGCAUGAAUGCUUUUUGGGACUUUUUCCAUGGAGUCUCCAGCUCUUUUCCUCAACCACUUCAUCUUACAGAACCGCUGGCUGCUUCCUGGAGCACAUGUCUGAGCCCCGGGGACCUACGGGAGCCCUGGGGAUGGUGUAGCCCCCAAAUAACCUCCAGAGCAAGCCCAUAUGCUGUGUUAGGAGGGUAGGUUCUCCUGACGUGGUCCUCAGCUCCUGAAGGUCUAGCAGGACCCGUGGCUCUUGCACAGCAGUAAAUGCCACAUCUAAAUGGCUGUUUGCUGCUCUCUGCUCGCAGCAUGUCACUGUGCCAGGCCCUCCUGCAGCCCUGGCUGCUAAGAGUACAUGUCCUCCUUGCAAGAUGGUUAUUUCUGGGUUUCUUUGAAGAAAACAGCAUUCAGCAUAUGUCACCUUGUAUGUAUGUCAGAAUUCAUGCUUCAGAGUAUCUUAUCCAAGGAGGGGGUAGCUGUUCUGUGUUGUUCUGUUUUCUGCAAAGCCUGAAAUACAGUAAGAGCUACGUUUUGUUCUUCAGACACAGGGAAAUGUGAUGCCUGCCCCAGAGGUUUUGUAGUUCUCAUGGCACAAUAAGUACCUGGGCUGGGAGAUAGGUUGUUUGAAAGCAUGUUAACCCGUUCUUUAAAUUAUGUGCAUAUUUACCAGUUUCCCGUGUGCUGACACAGACUGGCGGAGCUGUGAUGCUUCAGUGUGGAACCAGGGUGAGGAGCAGCAGGCACUGCGGGAUGUGUCUUCCUUUGCUUGAGGAGCAUUCUGGGGUACAGAGGGUACAGAGUCCUGUAAACUGACUUGAGUGCAGCCUGGCGCAACAAAGGCCGCAGAAAUCCCCCCGAGUAACCCAGCGGCAUAUUUUGAGAGAUUAUCCCUUAUCACUCUGGUCCUUUUCCUCUCCAAUUAAAUCCCCUUUGCGAUGCCAGUGCAGCCGUGCCUGACACCAGACGCUGUGCAAGCUGGGGAGCACGGAACCUGUGUCACUGCGCUGGUCCCACUUGUUGCACCCUUGUCGCUUUGUCGGCUCCCGCUGGCUGGGGGCUCAGGGGUUGUCCCUUUGGUUCCAUCCACACUGGGGCAUGGGGCUCCCCCAGCAACCCUGAGUCCCUGGCUGGGUGGGGGACUGCCCCCCGCUUGGGUUUCUCAGCUCAGGCAUCUCCGGCUUGCAGGGGCUGGCUGCCAACAGAGCUCCCCUUGUUUACCCAACUCGGAGGAAUCGGUUUACAAGGCUCACAAAUACCCUUUUCACCUUUCCCAUCAGAAAACACCUCCCGAAACAAUGAGGAAAUUGGACGCUGCCACCUGAUAGCUCCCUAGGAACCUGCAGGGCCAGGAAUUUGUGGGGCUGCGGGGCCGGCCGGUGCGCGGGGCUGCACACCCGGGAUGCAGCACUGGGAGCCCGACUGGGUCUGUGGGUGGCAAUGCCAGUGCCACCAGCAUCACCCUGAUGUGGUGAGCCCGCUGGGAAUGAAAGUGACUCAAGUAGCUGCAGUUAAUCUUUCCCACCGCGUCUGACGCCGGAAGAAAGGAUGUGGAGAUGUUUUCCAUGAGCUGUUAACUCGUGGUGGUUACAAAUACUCCAUGAAUCGAAGCAGAAAUGUCCUCCUUGUCCCAAAGUGGGGCAUGUGGGGAGGCUGUGCGCUCCGUGAGAGGCGCUGGGUUGCAGGGACGGAUGGAGCUGAGCUCGAGCCAACCGUGUGGCCGUCAGCCUGCCUGCAGCAGCGCUGCGCUCGGGGGUGACAAAGCCCUUCAGCUGUCUCCUGCGGCUGCGAGGCUCGAUCUCAUGAAGCACUUGAGAUUUCCAGAUAAAAAGGAGGCCCAGCUGAGCUGAGCAGAGCACGCUUCCCGAUUUGCAUCGGCUUUAAGUGCCUGCCGCUGGUUUCGUAGCGACUUGAACGGCUCCAGCCUUUAGACUUGGGAGGUCCUUGGGGAAGAAGCAUCCCAGCGCGUGCAGCAGCCCGUGCUUCUCCAGCCCAGCAGCGGCUUUGCUUUCUUUCUUGCGUGUUUGACCCCAGCAAAUGCAGCGUGUGCAGGAUGGGCACCUCGCAUGCUUGUGCUGGAGCCAGUGCAAGACGCGAGAGCGUUCCUGUGGGGUGCUGGGAGAGCAGAGGGGAGCAGAGGGUGACAGGGCUGCCUGGUUCUGCUGCCCUUGAAACCAUCGUGCUGUGAUUUGCACAGAAGAGCAGGGCUGGCUGGAGGUUUUGGGUGGCAAAGGUGCUGGGGAAGGUGCUGCAGGCUGUGUGCUGCCCGCUCCAUUCCCAUCCCAUCCCUGCCGCGGGGUCCGCUCAUCCCCAGUGCUGGCUGUAGCUGUCUGAGGCUGGGACAUAAGUAGGUUAUUGCUUUGAGCAACAGCCAUCCUCCUUCUCAGUGCUUCACCAGUCUGCCGUAUCCUAAUUUAAGUUGUCUAAUACAGUGCAUGUCUCGAGCCGCAUCCCCGAGUGCUUUAUUAUGCAGAUGUCAGUCACAGUUUCAUCCUUAAGGUUGAAUUGAAUUUCAUUCCACUCCCCCCCGUAAAGCAGGGAAAUCAUUCUCUGUAUGGAUGAGGAAUACAGCAGAUCCUCCCCAAAACUACAGUAUGUGCUCUCAGGGCUCACUGAGUUUCCCUUUUAAUUUAAAAGUAAUUUGUUCAUUCUUUCCAGUUAACAUCAAUUUGGAGAUGUGUCCUUGUAAGGAUGAGUCACCUCGUGCCAGGAGUUUGAGCCUUUUUUUGCCUUCAGAGACCCUUUUAAAGUAAAAUUUCUCAUGUGCCGAACUUGCUCUAAUAAUGUCCAAGGGUGACCUCUCCAAGUGCUUGGUGCUUUUCUCUUGGCUGUUCUUGUGAGGAAUGGUGCUCUUCACCUUUUUCGCCCAAUGGGAGGAUAGCUGCCACAAGCCAGUGCUUGCAAAACACCUCCAAAUGUGAGGGGGAAAGCCUUGAUGUGUCGUUAAGGGUUCAGAGAAAUGAGGAGCUGUUUUGAAGGUACUUUCAGGGGUUUCCUGUCACUGCUAAGGCUGAAGAGCCUUUUCACUUGGAGGCUUUUAGAGAAGAGGAGCACGCCAAGGGGGAAACGGAGGAGAAAACAUCUGUGGGGCCGUGGGAUGACAGUGACAGAGUGCUGCGUGCGGCGACGGUGAAUGGUUCUUGGUGCUGGUGUAGAAAGCCUGGAAAAUAUUCCUGGGCUGAUGCCCAGGCAGAAGCUGUGUGCUUCUGAAGUUGAGAUGGAGCGUUCGUGUUCAGAAAAUUGGUUGUGAUUUUGUCCUUGAAAACAAAUGCAACGGUCGUUUCUGAGCUUUGUGAGAUUAGGGUACGCCAACAGGGAGCUGCGCUUGGAUGUUCUCAGCGGCGUUCCUUUAUCGUCUCCCUCCCUCCCCACGUUUUCCCGUCCUGCUGCGCUCAGAAAUUGGCGUGACCCGACCCAGAGCCGCGGGGAUGGCAUGCGGGCUGUGCUGGCACUGCUGGGAGGUGGAUGGGAGCCCUCUGCCCUGGCUCCGGAGUCGCGAGACAUCUGCUCGACUUGUUUGCGGCUUCCUGUUUGGCAUCUUUUGGGCAGAAGGGAGCUGGCAGAGGCUGAAGGAGGGAAUUUGAGUCACUCGGGAGCCCUUUGCCAGAAAGCGUCUGACUCAGCCCAACUGCGGAGAAAUGAAUGUGGGAUCCAGCUGCCUCGCAGGGUGGGAACCUAUUCAUGAGUGGGAAAGGGUUGGUCAUCUACCCGGAGAUUGGGGACAAACUGGACAUUAUCUGCCCCAAGGCGGAGCCGUCCAAGCCUUACGAGUACUACAAGCUGUACCUGGUGAAAAAGGAUCAGGCAGAUGCCUGCAGCACUGUCAUGGACCCCAACGUGCUGGUGACGUGCAACCGGCCCGAGCAGGAGAUCCGCUUCACCAUCAAGUUUCAGGAGUUCAGCCCCAACUACAUGGGCCUGGAGUUCAAGCGGCAGCAGGAUUACUUCAUCACAUCCACCUCUAAUGGGACACUGGAUGGCCUGGAGAACCGGGAAGGAGGGGUCUGCCAGACGCGCUCCAUGAAGAUCGUCAUGAAAGUGGGGCAGGAUCCAAACGCGGUGAUCCCGGAGCAGCUGACGACGAGUCGGCCCAGCAAGGAGGCAGACAACACCGUGAAAAUUGUGACACAGAGCCCACGCCACAAAGUCCCCACGGUGGAGGAGCCUGGCAAGCCAGGCUCCGUCAACCAAAACGGCCAGGAGACCCAAGGUCCCAGCGACGGGUUCUUGAGCUCCAAGGUCGCCGUUUUUGCCGCCAUCGGUGCAGGCUGCGUCAUCUUCAUCCUCAUCAUCAUCUUCCUCGUCGUCCUCCUGAUCAAGAUCCGCAAGCGGCACCGGAAGCACACGCAGCAGCGGGCCGCAGCCUUGUCCCUCAGCACCUUGGCCAGCCCCAAAUGCAGCGGGAACGCCGGCUCAGAGCCCAGCGACAUCAUCAUCCCCUUACGGACUACAGAGAACAACUACUGCCCGCACUACGAGAAGGUGAGCGGGGACUACGGGCACCCCGUCUACAUCGUGCAGGAGAUGCCCCCUCAGAGCCCAGCCAACAUUUACUACAAGGUGUGAGGAGCAGCCUGGGCACGCCACGCAGGAGCGCCCGAUGGGGCCGGCGGCGGGAGGCAGCGUGGUGCCCGGCCGCGGCACGGCGCGGGAGCGCAGGGGUCUGGCGCCUGGCAGCGCCGUGCUCACCCGUGCGCUGCCUCUCCCUCUUUGUAUUUAGUUUUGUAGUUCUCAGCUUUUGUAAUCCCAAGACUUUGAGGGUGAGCCGCCAGCAUCCUCCUCUCCUGCUCGGACUGUGGCUGCAGCGCGCGCUCUGCCUUCCCGCGCCCGCCUGCGUGCCUCCGGCACCCGCGGACUCCCACCUCCCCUUCUGCACUUUGGGAUUUGCCCUCGUCGCCUCCACGCCAAGUGCCCGUGCGGGGGGCCUGGGAGCUGCGACGGACGCCGAGAAGAGCAGCGAGGAGCCCUGGGAGGAGGAGGAUGCUUCGCCCAGGUGCCGAGAUGCAGAGAACUGUGCAGGGAGGAAGCUGGCAAACCCGAUUUACUACUACUACUAUUAUUAUUAUUAUAAUUAUUUUAAUUUUUUUGUAACAUUUUUAUUUUUGUGAAUCGUGGCGGGACCCCCCCGCCCUGGGCACAUGCCACAGCCUCCUUCCAGCACGCCGUCCUGCUGGCGCAGGCAGAUCCGCCGCUGCCGUUUUAAACUUUUGUGUUCGUAGCUGUUGACUCUUGUUUUAGUCUCUUUAUAAAAAGAAAGAAAGAAAAAAAAAAAAAAAUCACAUAAAUGAUGUCUCAAGCAUUCAGCGCGUGGGGCUGCGAGCACUCCUUCUGCCUGUGGAGCAGCAGCAAUCCUGGGCAUCCCCAGGGCAUCCUCCUGCCCAGGGCUCCGGGCAGUGCGGGGCAGAGGAAGGCCCCGUGCAGGUUCCCAUCAGGCUGGGACUGCUGGAAGCAAAAUGUGGAGCAGCUGGGGGUGGAGGGAGGGCAGGGCUGGCAGCACAUCCCUUGUCACCGCUCCCGUCCCAGAGCUGGGGCUGCAGGUGGCUGGCCCGGGGUGCAGCCCUGCAGCGCUUCUCCUUGGAAAGCAAAACUGGAAAACAAUCAUACAGGACAUUGCCAGGAGCAAGCUGAUGUCUGGGUCACCAUCCAUCCAUCCUUCCAUCCAUCUUUCCAUUCAUCCAUCCAGGCAGGGCUGCUCGCCCUCGGGGAGCUUCACCCCCCUCCUUGUCACCUCAGCCUCAUCGUGCCCUGGCUCAUGUUUGCAGGGGAGGUAUUGCGGUGCCGCAGCGCUCAGUGCUCCAUGUGCAGCCAUCCCGCAGCCUCUGAUGCAGUUUCUCCAAGCCCAGCCCCCCUGGUUGCUCACCCAGCCCCUCCAUCACACUGCGCUGUGCCGCUGCCUGGCCCAUCUCAUGCCCUGAAGUGGAAGGGCUGAGCUUUGGGCUGUCCUGGUGGGACGCUCCCAGCUCUCUGCCACCCUGGAUGCACACUGGGGCCGGCGAUAACAGCCCUGUGCCCUGCCCUUCUCAGCCCUCGCGUUCCUUUUUCCUUUCAGAAGUAGCUGCUUUUGCUCAGGGAGUGAGUGUGGGGCGAGGGGGGGCUGCUGCCUGCCGUGUGCCCCCGGCCCCGCUUCUCGCCCUGCCCCGGGCACGUGCCUGCGGCUCCAAACCGGGCUGCAAAGUGCCCAAAGAGCGAGAGAGCUGCUCUGCCAAAGUGCCUUGAUGAGGAGAGGGCCGGGGUGGCAGGAGGGGGCAGCCCCGCGGUGCCAUCGGGGAGGGGCUGGGGCAGGAGUGCAGUCCUGAGCGGAGCGUUCCUUUGUGUUGCUUUGGUUGUGUUGUUUUGAGGUCGGGAUGGAGCAGUGCGGGCGGCCCCAGCUCUGCUCCCCUCCUCUGUGUGAGCAUCCCUCUCUCCUCACCCUCCCACAGAACGCCCUCCAGACCCCCUCAGCCCUUUGCCUUCCCCUAUGGGUGUCUAUGCAGAUGCUGCGCUGCGCCGGCGCUGCCCCAGGCUGUGGGCUCUGCUCUCCAUCGCGGUAAAUUGUGUCUUAAAAAAAAAUAAUAAUAAUAAUUUAAAGCAAAGCCCUGAAAUUCCCCCCAAAAUAACGGUAUGGAAGUCCCCAGGGGCUGUGGCAGCAGGGAGGGAGGCGAUGUAUAGAGGGAAGGGCUGGGUGAGGAGCCCCAUGCCAAAACCCGACGGCCGCGUCCUCACGGCGAUCACCGAGCAGCCGCAUCCCCUCUGCAGCUCCGUGGUGUGGGUGGAGAUGGGCAGACCUUGUAAAUAGGUGUGCAGGAGCGGGGAGUGGAGCUUUUGGGUCUGGCUGAGCCCUCAGUGCUGUGCCCUGGCACACGGCGUCCCUUUCUGCUGCUCGCUGUGAGCGCUGCGCUUGGUUUUGGGUUGUUGGUAUUUCGGUUUUUGUUUCUGGUUUUUGUUCCCCCCCCCCCCCCCCCCCCCGUUGUUGUUUCCUUUUUGUUUCGUUUGGUUCGUGUAAAUAGUAGUCUUUUUUGGAAGAAAUAAUGUAAAGAUGUUUUGUAUAAACUCUGAAUUAUUUUCUGGUUGCUUUUUCUUAGAAAAAAAACAAACAAACAAACAAACAAAAAAAGAGAAGUAAAAAAAAAAAAGGAAAAAAAAAAAGGAAAAAAAAAAAAAAAAGAAAAU